UUCCCUAACCACCACACACUCCCUCCCUCAUCCGCAAAGUGACGCACGGUGCAGAUUUGAGACUUCGCUGCAAACAUGGCCAAGGAUAUGACUCUUUUCUGGGGCAGUGGUUCUCCUCCGUGCUGGAGGGUGAUGAUCACCCUGGAGGAGAAAAAUCUCUCCGACUACAAGAGCAAUCUUCUCUCCUUUGAGAAGAAUGAGCACAAGUCGAAGGCUGUGGUCGACCUGAAUCCCAGGGGGCAACUCCCGACCUUCAAACAUGGGGACCUUGUCAUCAGUGAGUCCUACGCUGCUUGCUUGUACUUGGAGGCAAAAUUCAAGGAGCAAGGAACCAAGCUGAUCCCAACCUGCCCGAAUGAACAAGCCUUGAUGUACCAGCGCUUGUUCGAGGUCGUCCCGCUUGGCGAUAAGCUCGGUAAUGUCAUCUAUUACGAAUGGAAGGUUCCGGAAGGUGAGAGGUUCGAGGCUGCAAAGAACAGGAACAAAGAGGCUGUGGCUGUCGAGCUCAGUCUGUGGGAGGGAUACUUGAAGAAGACUGAACCAUACCUGACAGGAAAGAACUUUUCCAUGGCUGAUGUUGUGGCUUUCCCCGCCAUUGCCUAUGCCUUCCAAAUGGGGUUGUGUCCACGUCGUUUCCCGUACCUGGCUAAAUAUCACAAUUUGCUGAAGGAGCGACCCAGCAUCAAAAAAACCUGGCCGGCUGUCUGGAAAGAGAAAAAAGACCUGUUCAAAGACAUCCAAAAUUCUAGCUAAGUUUUUUUACUGAGGUGUGAUCACAUUUAGAUGAUCCCUCUCUACACUGGAUGUCAAUCAUGACUCUUAAUGCCUUUAAAACAUGUUACUCCUGUAGUUUAAGCGGCAGCUUUGGUGCCAUGAAAGUCAAUAAAAGCUUACUUUCAAAUAAAAUAA